ACCAUUUACGGACCUUCUCCUUCCGCAUAAUCUCAAUAUACUCUAACGGAAGAUGUUACUCCCGCUAGCUCUUUGACGUGCAAACUCGGAAGAAGGAUUCCCACAAUUUUACCCCAGGUUAUGCAGGUGUAUACGUGGGGAAAGAAGAACUAUAUAACUUUACCCUAAUGUGUUCACAAUGAUGAUAAGUCUAUCAGAAUUGCAAAACAGCAUGUCGUUCAUAGCAAAAGUCAACAAGCACUUAGAUUCUUAUCCUAAGUAUCACAACGAAUGGUUCAUUGCAAGCAUUGCAACCUUGUCCGGGGCAAUGUUUGGCUUUGAUGUUUCGUCAAUGUCGGCCUUUAUCUCUCAAGAUGCUUACAGAGAAUUUUUUAAUUUCCCCAGUUCUACCAAACAAGGUGCAAUUACUGCUGCGGUAUCUGGAGGUUGUCUUAUAGGGUCUCUCUUAUCAGACACAUUUGCUGAACCUAUUGGAAGAAGAACAACUUUAAUCGUUUCUUGCUUCUUCUGGAUUAUUGGUGCUAUUGUUCAAAGCACUUGUCGGAAUAUUGCCCAAUUGGUUAUGGGCAGAAUACUUUCCGGGGUUGCUAUUGGUAUUGGUUCUGUGGUGACCCCUACAUAUAUUUCUGAGAUUUCAAGAGCUAGAAUGAGAGGGGUACUUGGAGGGACUUUCCAGCUUGCCAUUACCUUUGGAAUUUUGGUAAUGUUCUACAUUGGCUAUGGUUGUACUUUUAUACCAGGCGAGAACUCUUUCAGAGCAGCUUGGGCCAUUCAAAUGAUUCCAGCUUUGCUUCUCUUGGCAGGUAUACCAUUUUUACCCGAAUCUCCUAGAUGGCUAGCAAACCACGACCAAUGGGACAAAGCAGAAGCUGUGUUGAAGAAGGUCUAUGAAAAGGACAAUACUGACCAAUUUUUUAUUGAACUAGAAGAGUUAAAGGAGUCUAUUGUAUUCUUCAAGUCUUCUAAAGAAAUUACUUAUUUCAGUUUAUUCUCCAAACAGAAUUGGAGAAGUACGACAGUCGCCAUUUCCGCUCAGGCUUGGAAUCAGUUGACGGGUAUGAAUUGUAUGAUGUACUAUAUCGUGUACAUCUUUGAAAUGAUUGGUUCCCUGGGGAACAGUAACCUAGUAAGCUCCAGUAUCCAAUACGUUGUCAAUUUUGGGGUCACAAUUAUCUCUUUACCCUUACCUGAAUACGUUGGUAGAAGACCUUUGAUGAUAAUUGGAGGGUUUGCCAUGAUGAUAUGUUUAUUCAUCGAAGGUGCACUUUUUGCUGUUUACUCGGAAAAGAUCCCAAAUGUUUCAGCUGAUGCCACAGUCGUUAUCAGAAUCCCAGACGACCAUAAAGAAGUGGGUAAGGCUAUUGCCGCCUUUAGUUACUUAUUCGUUGCCUGCUUUGCUUCUACUUGGGCAGUUGUAUCUUGGGCUUACUUUCCUGAAGUAUUACCUAACAGAACGAGGACAAAAGCAGGAUCCAUUGCAGUUUCUUGUGAUUGGGCACUUAACUUUGCAAUUGCUAUGUUUACUCCCUCAGCCUUUAGGAAUAUAACCUGGAGAACCUAUUUUGUUUUUGGAUCCUUUUGUGGAGCCAUGAGUAUUCACUGUUUCCUUCAAUUUCCGGAGACCAAAGGUAAGACCCUCGAAGAAAUAGAUAUGGCUUUCCAAGAAAACAUUCCCGCUUGGCGAACUAGUAGUUUCCAAGCUCAUUUAACAUCAGAGAAUCUUGGAGUUGAAGAUACGGAAAAGGAUCAGAAAACAGAGUAUAUCGAAGACAGAAGUGAGUAAUUUGUUUGUAGUGAAUUAACGUAUGCGAUUU